CGCUCGGGUUCAACAAGACGCACUUAAACUCGGCUCUAAGUACGACGUACAUUCGCUGAUAAGCAAAAGCUCAGCUGGAAGCCAUGGCCUGCUCCAAGAUUCUCGUAGCCUUCUUUCUGGUUGCUCUGCUGUCGGUGGUGUCGGCCAAGCCCGGCUAUUUUGGCGGGCUUGGAUAUUACGGAGGCUACGGGGGCUACGGCUAUGGAGGAUUUGGAUACCCCUAUUACGGUGGCUACGGUUACCGCUACCCGUACUUCGGCUACGGUGGAUACGGAGGAUACGGUUAUGGAUACGGUUACCCCUACUACGGAUUCGGACAUGGAUACUACAUCUAAAGAGGAACUGCGGACCUUCAAUGAUUUUCUCACGGUUCUUCACGCAGGAAAAUUAUUUCCACAAACUCGACACUUUUCGGCGGCAGUCCGGUAAGGUUGACGAGUCACGCGGCGAUAACAACCUUCCUAUUACCUUAUACUAUUUUCCAUUGCUUAUUGUUUAAUUUGUUGUUAUAAAAUUACUGUUUUUUUCCAAUAAAAAUGCAUCCUGUUAUAA